UUUUCUCGGACAGGCUGAGCUUCUUCGUUGCUUAAACCCUCUCUUCAUCUCUCUGACUAGGGGACCUUCGGAAGGCACGAACUCCUUCGCUCUGAGGUGAAGAGUUCGUUCAGCGAGGCUGCGAGGAUGUCGACUCUUGAAAUCGAGGCUCGAGAUGUCAUUAAGAUUGUGCUUCAAUUUUGCAAAGAGAAUUCGCUCCACCAGACCUUUCAGGUACUGCAGAGUGAGUGCCAGGUUUCUUUGAAUACUGUGGACAGCCUGGAGACGUUUGUUGCUGACAUUAACAGCGGGAGGUGGGAUGCUAUAUUGCCGCAAGUUUCACAGCUAAAACUUCCGAGGAAGAAACUUGAGGACCUGUACGAGCAGAUUGUCUUGGAGAUGAUAGAGCUCCGGGAGUUGGACACUGCACGUGCUAUUCUAAGACAGACUCAGGCAAUGGGUGUUAUGAAACAGGAGCAGCCUGAAAGAUAUCUAAGGCUUGAGCAUCUUUUGGUCCGAACAUACUUUGAUCCACAUGAGGCAUAUCAAGAAGUGUCCAAGGAGAAGCGUCGUGCACAGAUUGCUCAAGCUUUGGCUGCUGAAGUCACUGUUGUUCCACCAUCACGAUUAAUGGCUUUGAUUGGGCAAGCAUUAAAAUGGCAGCAGCACCAAGGGUUGCUUCCUCCUGGAACUCAGUUUGAUCUCUUCCGAGGAACAGCAGCAAUGAAACAGGAUGAGGAUGAUAUGUACCCAACAAAUCUCGUGCAUACCAUAAAGUUUGGCAAGAAAAGUCACCCAGAAAGUGCUCGUUUUUCACCUGAUGGGCAGUUCCUUGUUUCAUGCUCGGUUGAUGGUUUCAUUGAGGUUUGGGAUCCCAUAAGUGGCAAGCUAAAGAAGGAUCUACAAUAUCAAGCUGAUGAUGCUUUUAUGAUGCACGAUGAUGCUGUUCUUUGCAUGGAUUUUAGUAGAGACUCAGAGAUGCUUGCGUCUGGAUCACAAGAUGGAAAGAUCAAGGUAUGGAGAUUAAGGACUGGACAGUGCUUGCGUCGACUUGAACGUGCACAUUCGCAGGGCGUAACUAGUCUUUCAUUCUCUCGGGAUGGAAGCCAGCUUCUUAGUGCUUCCUUUGAUAGUACUGCAAGAAUCCAUGGGCUUAAAUCUGGGAAGAUGCUGAAAGAAUUCCGAGGCCACACAUCUUAUGUGAAUGAUGCAAUUUUUAGCAGUGAUGGUGGUCGUGUUAUUACAGCCUCCAGUGACUGUACAGUGAAAGUUUGGGAUGUAAAGACUACCGAUUGUUUACAGACUUUCAAACCUCCACCUCCUUUGAGGGGUGGUGAUGCAUCUGUUAACUCUGUUCUUCUCUUCCCAAAGAACACAGAGCAUAUUAUCGUCUGCAACAAGACAUCUUCAAUAUAUAUCAUGACAUUCCAGGGCCAGGUGGUAAAGAGUUUUUCUUCCGGUAGAAGAGAGGGGGGAGACUUUGUUGCAGCCUGUGUUUCACCUAAAGGAGAAUGGAUUUACUGUAUUGGUGAAGAUCGUUACAUUUAUUGCUUCAGCCAUCAGUCCGGUAAACUGGAACACCUAAUCAAAGAUGCACAUGAAAAGGAUGUAAUUGGAAUUACUCAUCAUCCUCAUCAGAAUUCGGUAGCAACGUAUGGUGAAGAUUGCACCAUGAAAUUAUGGAAGCCUUGAAAUACAAUAAUGCUCUGACAGUGAAAGACUAAGACUGCGACUGCGGCUGCGAUACGAAGUUGUGGAACCUUUGAAAUACGUUGAUACUUUCAGAGCUUUGCACAAGUUUUUGCUGUGCCUCAUGUUGGGUAAUUGCUGCCUGUUCUGUCAGCACCUUCCCCAUUCUCCGAUAAAUAGCCUUCCGCUAUUAUUUUGCGUCAUCUGCAUCUGUGGAAGACUGAUUUAAUGGAAAGACACAAUCAAGUACCGGACUCCUGGCUAGAAGAAGCUGACCAUAGGGCUGAUGGAUUGCCUGAGAUUGAUACAGCAUUUAUCUACCUUUCCUUGGCAGGGAAUAUGACUUGGAAAUUCUUGUUCGAUGUUUACGUUUUUUUAUUUUUCCUCAUUGACGCUGUAAAGUUAAAAGACCAAAUUGAAUCUGAAUGUCUAGUUUUCCUUCUUGUCGUUGUAACAUGAGGUUGACACUGAAUCUAAGUGUUAUCACAA